AUGACAAACAAGGAAACCCUCGGCAGCGCCCCCAUCGUCAUCGGCGACGAUGUUCGCUACAGCCCUGAUGACUUGCUGCUACCCAAGCAGUACCACAAAUACAUCGAAAAUAUAAUUAUCCCCAACGGGAUCCUCAUGGAUCGCGUUGAGAAGAUGGCAUACGACAUCCGCAAGGCAUACAAGAACCGCGAGGUGCACUGCCUGUGUUUGUUGAAGGGUUCACGAAGCUUUUUCUCUGCUCUGUUUCAGCAUUUGGCGAAGUUGAGUUUGUAUGAUGAGGAGGCAACAUGCCCGCCUUUCUUUGAACAUUACCUGCGUGUGAGCUCCUGCGUGGGUACGGAGAGCACGAACCAGCUGAAGGUUGUCAGUGAUGAUCUCUCCUGCCUUCGAGGCAAAGAUGUAUUGAUAGUAGAAGAUAUUAUAGAUACAGGUCUCACACUGACAGAACUGCAGAAAUAUCUGCAGCAGUUUGAACCCAAGAGUGUACGCAUAGCAACGCUUACCCUGAAACGUACAGAACGAUCAAAUGGCCAGUCUGCUGAUUUUGUUGGUUUCUCUCUUCCAGAUAAAUGGGUUAUUGGUUUUAGUUUUGAUUGCAACCAAAUGUUCAGAGAUAUGCCUCAUGUAUGCACACUAAGCGACAACGGCAGAAAGCUGCUUGGCUUAAAGGGCUAA